AUGCCUGCCCUCAGACCACUCGUGAAGCCCAAAAUCGUCAAGAGGACCAAGAAGUUCAUCCACCACCAGUCAGAGCAAUAUGUCAAGAUCAAGAGAAACUGGCGUAAACCAAAAGGCAUUGACAACAGAAUGCUAAUAGGAUUCAAGGGCCAGAUCUUGAUGCCCAGUAUUGGUUAUGGAAGCAAUAAGAAGACAAAACACAUGUUACCUAGUGGAUUCAGGAAGUUUUUGUUGCACGUCAAAGAGCUAGAAGUGCUGCUGAUGUGCAACAAAUCUUACUGUGCUGAGAUUGCUCACAAUGUUUUCUUGAAGAAUCUGAAAGUCAUAGUUGAGAGAGCAGCUCAGAUAGCCGUCAAGAACACCAAUCCAAAUGCUAGACUGAGGAGUGAAGAAAAUGAGUAA